GUGAAAUACAACGUACAUAGAAAGAGCUUCUUUGAAGAGGGUGCGGUGAACGUCUCGGUUGGUGUGAACAAUAUAGGGCGAUGACUUCAGUGAGAGAUAAACUCCUCCAGGAGCUCAACCCUGGUGAGGUGGUGCCGCCAAGGUGCAAGGUGACCAUCGUAGGGGUGGGCCAGGUGGGCAUGGCCUGUGCUUUUAGUAUCCUGCAAUCGGGUGUAGCUGAUGAUGUCACCUUGAUUGAUGUGAUGGAGGACAAACUUCAGGGGGAGGUAUUGGAUCUGCAGCAUGGCAGUCUUUUCCUGAAGACCCCUAUCAUUAGAGCAGCCAAAGAUUACUCAGAGACGGCCAACUCCAAGCUUUGCAUCAUCACAGCCGGUGUGCGUCAAAGGGAGGGGGAGACCCGGCUGAACCUGGUCCACAGGAACGUGGAGGUGUACCGAAACAUUGUUCCCCUGCUGGCCCAGUACAGUCCAGAUGCCAUCCUGCUCAUUGUCUCUAACCCAGUGGACGUUCUGACCUAUGUGGCCUGGAAGCUGAGCGGGUUCCCCCAGGAGCGGGUCAUCGGUAGUGGCACUAACCUGGACUCGGCCCGCUUCCGUUUUCUGAUGGGGGAGAGGCUGCAUAUUCACCCCAGCAGUGUACAUGGGUACAUCAUUGGAGAACACGGCGAUACCAGUGUGGCAGUGUGGAGUGGUGCCAACGUGGCAGGAGUCAAUUUGCAGUCCCUCAGCCCUGACCUGGAGAGAGAGCAAGACUCUGAAGGCUGGCCAGGAGUUCACAAGAAUGUGGUGGAGAGUGCUUAUGAGGUGGUCAGACUGAAGGGCUACACCUCCUGGGCCAUCGGACUGAGCGUGUGCAACCUUACACAGUCCAUACUGAGGAACCUCAGGAUUGUCCACCCUGUCUCCACCCUUGUUAAGGGCUUCCAUGAUAUACAGGAGGAGGUGUUCCUAAGUUUGCCCUGUGUUCUGGGCUGGCCUGGGGUAUGUGGGGUGCUCAACCAGCCCCUGAGGGAGCACGAGGCCUACCAACUGAAGCAGAGUGCCCAGACCCUAUGGAGUGUCCAGAGGGAGCUGUCCCUCUAAUUUUCCACCUGUACGACCACCAGACCGAGCUCCAAAGCCACACCCUGGGCCCAUGUACACACAGCCUCAAACAGUAAAGCAAAACUGCAGUGUGCUGGUAGCCAUUAAACAGUGGGAGCACAACCAGAGGCUCUACUCUGUUGUCUCAUCAGCUGUGAGCAUUAGUGAGCAUUA